GUUUCACUGAAAUUUCCGGAACUAAGCAUGCUAAGUCGAAGUCCGUGCUAAGUCUUUGGCAUGUUUGGCCUACAGUCAGUUCAACCUACAUCAUAGGUUCACUACCGCGUACCGUGACUACAGUGCAGUACAGGCCCAGCCUGUUGUGUGCAAUAACAAAACAAAGUGAAGUCAUGUCUUGCUCAGUUUGAUUUGUAAGUGCAAGGCCAUGGAGGAGGUAGAAAGGUUUACGUUGAAAUGAGUAUGACAUGUAUGAUGUGUGACAUCAUGCUCAGUAACUGUAAGGUUAAGGUUAAUGUUGUGAAAAGAGGGCAGGGUUUUGAGUUUUGGGAGUAAUUGCAGAAUACCCGGUCCCCCGCCACUCUAAAAUUACACGAAUGACCCCCUUGAAAUUGUUGGCUACGUUCACAUCACAUGUCAUGCCACCAUUGUUGUUGUUCAGCUGGCUGCAACUUUGUAACCUACCCAUGAUCUACUGUGUGACUUCGACAUCAACAUUAAGCAGUCGUAACGGAUCUAUCACCAGCCCCGUCUAACUGCUGCAAGACAAAAUCCUUACAGCAGGAAAAUACUUCACAGUAGGAGAUCUGGGUUAGACCAUGAGUCGCUCAGCUGCUGCAGGUGUUGCCUCAUGUUUCCUUACAAGGUAGCUGGAGUUCUCAUCAGACAAAUGAGAAGGAUGAGACGUCAGUAUCAAGUGCUCAUUCUGCUUGCUAUUGGUGUAGUGUUUCUCUGCCUAUCACGAGUCUUGACAGGCUCUUCCACUGAUGAGUUUCAACAGUUAGAAGUGCCAAGACAUGCCCAGUCUCAAUCCCAUGAUAAAACAGUGGGUGAGAAAGUCCUCUAUGAGAAAUCUACAGUGUGCAACAACCGACGGAUAUGUCGCCUUGGUCAAGUGGGCUUCCAUUUAAUGACAGGGUUUGAAAAUUCACAGAAACCCUACAUUUGCCUCAACAAUCAAAUAGUUUUGAAGGAUGAAGAUUCAGGCAGAGGACUUAAUAUGGUCGUCAUGGAUGGUAAUAUUAAAGAGGUGGUUGUUAGCUGGCAUGCUGACACAUAUUCUGAAUCUCCACCUUCUCUGAUCAACUUCUUGAAAAAAAUUGCUGCCAAAGAUGUGCUCAUCAUUGUUACUGCUGAUGAUGCAUUCCGUAUGUUGUCCAAAGAAGUCAAAGACAUUUUAUCCAAGGACUUCAACAGUCAAUAUAUAAACCAACUGGCUUACAGGUCAUCCUGGGUGUUUGUUGGACAGAAGGGGAUUAGAACAUCAGCUGGAAUUGAAAAGUUGAACUUGAUACACGGGCAGUGGGCUGAACGAAUUGAACUCCGUGGAUGCUUGGCAUUACCCAUGAACACCAAUGGCAGUGAGAUAGAGUCACGACGUGACCUUUCCAGUAACUGUAAUAUACCAGAUUGUGGGAAUGAUAAAGUUUCACUACAUGUUGUAGCUGGUGAUGCUCAUGGUGCUGUGCUACAAACACCAAGUGUCUGUGUUGAUGGUAAAAAGGUGAUGGGCCCAGAGAAGACAAAAAAUUAUAAACCAGGCUCCCGAGGGUUAAACUGCAUCAUCUUUGACACUGUGCAGAUGAAAGUUGUAAAAAUUGGACGUUUUGACACUUACGAAUCAGUUGUUGAUGAGGGCCUCUUUCAGAAAUUCUUAGAGGGAGUGGAGGUGGGGCAAAUCGUCAUAAUAGCAACGCAUGAUGAGGCAUCCAGAAAGAUUUCGUUCAAAACCAAGGCUCUGAUGAAAGCUUUUGGGAGUAGCAGGAUUGAGGAUCUGAAUUUCCGGGACACCUGGGUGUUUGUCGGUCAGAGAGGAAUCCAAGGUUAUACUCCCUAUGAGAAACUGGGCUUCAGGCAAGGAUCAAAAUGGGGGUCGAAGAUGGAAAUCAAGGAAUGUAUUCCCACCAAAAUUGUAGGAGCGUCUGUGGUGUCUUCUAUUGGCAAUCGAAAACGGCAAGAAUUCUGCAAACAGUAUGACAAUUACCCUGAGUUAUGUUCUGACAAAAAUGUAAACAAAACCUUGCGACCUUUGCCUCUUGAUGACUCAACACUGACAAGUAAUCCUGCUUACAAUCUGCCUAUUGUUGUCGUACCAGGGGUGGAAUUGGAACCUCUUCAGAAGUGUUUGUCCUCGCUGAUUGCUGUGCCUGGUCUAAAGCCUAACAAUGUCUUGGUGGUACUGAAUGGUAAUUUUCCUGAGCCAAAUGAACUAGUCCGGUUGUAUGACUUUGCCAUAGAGUACAUCAAACCACAGGCAGACUAUGCAGCUUUCCUGUAUGAUGCCAUCUCUCGUGCACUGGAACUUUUCAAGGGUAAGGAGAAUCUAAUUAUCCUGGAAGAUUAUCUAGAGGUGACUCCAGACUUCUUAAGGUAUUUCUCUCAGACAUUGCACAUGCUGGCCAAGGACCCGACUCUUCUGACUGUAUCUGCCUGGAAUCCUAACGGAUUUGUCAGUACAUCAGGUGAUGAAACUCUUGUGUAUAGGACGGAUGACUUCCCAGGAUUUGGAUGGAUCAUCCGUCGGUCUCUAUGGACAGACAGGAUGCAGAAACAGAAGGAAUGUUGCACCUUACCUACCUGGAGGGGCUGGUCCUUAGGAGACCUCAUGGGAGGUGGGUCUAUCAUACCUGAUGUGUCAAGGGUCAAACGGAUCAAAAGACAAGGAGGGUAUUACGAGGACAAACCUUUCAUGGUGCGUUACUUGAUCAACCGAACAAGCUCCAGUGCUGGUCUUCUGUCGGAACCAACUAUGGUCUACAAAUUAGAUGCCAAAGAGUAUGAGAAAGAACUCCUUCGUCUUGUCACUCAAAGUGUGCCAUUGAAACCAACUGAAUUUACCAAGUGCCUAACUGGAGGCAAACUGUCACUAAAAUUGGAAACUCAUGCUAAAAAAAUUUAUGCGGUUUUCUAUGAGCAAGACUCAGUUGAUGACCACACACUGCUUCUACAGCUAUGCAAAUGUUUUGGUCUGUUUGUGUUUGAAGAUACCCCUUUGUAUAACUUGCAUAAGGGAAUUGUAAGAUUUACUCACAGGGGAAAUCAUGUCAUCUUGAUUGGCAGUAAAACUGUUUACUUUGACAACCGCCCAAAGUCAGCAGAAGUUCUCUCAAAUCAUGGCAAUACUAAUGACAAAGGUUGAUGGAAUGAAAAUUUCAGGCAAAAGGCAGAUAGCAAUUAUUCCAGGAUAUAGCAGUCAUUUUUUAUGUGCAGCGUAAGAAAUCUUUCCCUUUUAAAUUUUUUACACAUUGUUUUAUUAUUUUGCCAUGAAUGUGACACAAACUUUGUGCAUUUAAUAAUUUGGGCUAAGUUUAGAUGUUGUGUUUUUGGGGGGGUCAAAUAUCAAUUUAUCAUCCUAGCUGCAUAUCCCCAUUUGAAGAUUUUUCUUUAGAGAAUACAUAGAGAGAAUUGUGUGGACUUUCUCUCACAAUAAGACACGUACCUUGCAUUACAUCAUUGCUGUAAGUUUGUUACUUUUACUUUAUAAUGUAAUAUCAUGUUUGCUGAUACAGGGUUCUAUGGCAGUCUUGUGGGUACCAUCCUAUCCUAACAUGCUUAGGGCCACAUAUGAAGCCAGAUAUAGGAAGGAGAGUACCUCCACCUUUGUGUUGGUCAUUGUUUAAUCAGAAUCUCAGGAAUUCUUUACAGAC